AUCAAGAUAAAAUAUAUAAAAAAGUGUAAAUUAUUUUGUCAGAAAAAAAAAACAAAAUAAAUUUAUAAAAUUACAGGUUAUUAAGUAAUUGAUACAGGCUGUUGAAACAUGGUUUAUCCAACAAUACCAAUUGAAUCGUCAAGUCGAUCACAACUUGAAAUCCCACCAGUGCAUCAAAUAUCUUCGCCAAGUCAAUUACACCAACAACAACAGCAUAUUUUAUAUCCAACAUUUGGUACAAUACCAUCUGUAUAUUCUCAAGGCAAUAUUCCAUUUCAAAAUCAAUGCAAUCAAUUUGAUCCACGUCAUCAUCAAGCUACCAACAUUGCCCUAAGAACAACCCAAGAAUUACGUGCAAUGCAAAAGAACACAAAGUGGCAGACUAAAGUACGAGCACCAAAAGUUAAAGAAUUUCUAGGAAUACAAAAUAAUAUUCAACAACAAUAUGUUCAAUCACCAAUGAUGCUUUAUGACUCUUCCCAUUUAACACCAUCACAAUCAUCAUUAUCACCAGUUUAUUUGUCACAAUCAGCUUACAGCCAAGCACCAUAUCUCACUGAGCCAUUUACACAAUUUACACCAACUCAUCAAUACUACAAACCACCAGAAUUUCAAACAUUUUGUUUAAUUCCAGAACGACAAAAUUCAAUUGGACAAUAUAAUCAACCAAUUCAUCAACAAUCAUAUUACAAUGUUAAAUCAAAAUUUCAAUUAUCAACAUCAACAGUUUGUCCAACAAAUAACAUUGAUAAUGAAAAAUAUUUACCAUUAUCAUCAUCAUCAUCCUCAUCAUUAAUAAAUGAUAAUUCAAAAAAAAUUAUACAACAAAAUAAUCAUAUAAAUUAUGAUAUUGAUAAAAAAAAUAAUAAUGAUAAAAAAUGUAAUAAUAUUAAAAAUUUAAUUGAUGAUGAAUCAUCAAAUUUUAAUUUUACUAUUGAAGCUGAAAAAAUGGUAUCAGAGCUAUGCAAUACGUAUGAUUAUGAUGAUAAAAUACAAGCUAAAAGUUUAAAUAUAAAACAAGAAAUUAAAAAUGAUAAUUUUUAUAAUGAAAUACCAGAAAAUAAGCAGGAUGAUAUUGAUAAUACAAAGUAUUCUGAUUUAAUUAAAAAAUUAAUGUACUGGGCAUGUAAUGAAGCUGAUAUGAUAUUAAAAAAUUCAAAUUUAAUAACAACAAAAGAAACAUCAUUAUUAAAUCUUUUAUCAGCAACAAAAAUUGCAUUAGAAAAAUCAUCAACAUGUUUACCAUUAUAUUCUGGUGAUAAAAUUUUUUAUCAAGAUUUAAUAAAUUCAUUAAUGAGAAUAUGUAAUGGCUGGUUAUUACUUGAUCAUUAUUUAAAUCGACAAAAUUUAAUUAAUGAAAAAUAUGAUAAAGAUAUGAUUGAUUCAUUUAAAUUAUGGGAAACAUCAAGUCAUAAUUUAAUUAUAAAUUUAGUUAAAACAUUUAUUAAAAUUAAUAAAAAUUGUCAUGAUAAAAUUGAUGAUAAUUGUACAAUAUCAUCAUCAAUACCUGGUGAUGUAUCAUUGUAUUUAAAUAAUGGAAUAUUUGGUAAUUUUACAAUUGGUAAAACAGCUCAACUUUCAUAUCAACAAAUUAUUAAAAAUCCAUCAAGAAAUAUUAUUUAUCCAUCUAUGCAAAAUUAUGAACAAAAAUAUCAUUGGCCACCAAUUGUUAGAGACAAUAAACUAAAAUCGAAAUGGACAGUUACUGAUAGUAAUACAACAAAUAAAAUAAAUGAUUCAUAUUCAUUAAAAAAUAUAUUAAACAAUGAUAUUAUUAAUCAAAGACAACAUAAUAUUAUUAUACCACAAGUUAUUGAAUCAACAACAACAACAUCAUCAUCAUCAAUUGAUAAUUCAAUUCCAAUAUUUAAUAAUUUAAAUAUUGAUGAAAAAAGUGGAAUUAAUGUUGCAAAUAGAAUGACGUUAUUAAGUAAAAUUGAAAAUAAAAAAAAAGAUGAUACAAUGGAAGGUGAAACAAUUAAUUUAUCAGCUUUGUUUGCUAGUAUGAGAAAUAAUAAAAAUUUAGAAACAAAUACAUUGUAUAAUAAUUCAUGGUGGCAAACAAAUACAAAUAUAACAACAACAAAAUUACAUCAUCAUCAUCAUCAAAAUGUUGAAUUUAAAAUGGAUGCAAAUAAACAAAUUCGUACAUUAAAAAAUAUGAGAACAAUACAAAGUGCACCAUGGACAGCAAAUUAUAUAUUUAAUGAUGGUAAUAGCAAAAAUAAUGAUAAUGAUAAUUUACAAAUUUAUAUGAAACCAGGAAGUUAUAAUGUGCCAAAAAAAAAUUAUCAUUUGAAUAAUAGUAAAAAUGAUUUAUCGAAAAAUAUAUAUUUACCAGUUGAUCAAUCAAUUCAAUUGAAAUCAAAUGAUGAAAUUUCUUGUCUACCAACUGUUAAAACUUCACAAUCAUUAAAUAAUUUAUCUGAAAAAAUUAAUGUAUCAUUUACAGCUGGAUCAUCAUUGACUAAUCCAAAUGACAUUGCAUGGAAAGCAGCAUGUGCAUCUGCUGAAUAUAUACUUGGUUCGCUAUCAGUUAAUGAAACAACAACAAAUACUAAAAAAAUUGAUGAUAAAACUACUGAUAAUGAUGGAAAAAUUGAUAAUUAUUUUACAUCACAAUGGCAGUAUAAAAAUUUUAAUAAAACAGAUGGUGAAGUAUCAAGCUAUGAAGCAUCAGAUGAUGAUUCUGAUGAUUUCGAAUUGUCAAAUAAUAAAAAUUCAAAUGAUGACACUCAAAAAUCACAUUUUAAAACUGAUUCUUGGUUAAUUAAAACAUUAAAUGCAUCAACUAUUAUUAAUAAUAAUAAUAUUAAUGAUAAAAUUGUUGAUGAUGUUGAUAAAAAAAUUAAUGAUGAUAAAGCAAUUUCUAGUGAUAAAACUUUUGAUAAUAAUGGUAAGGUAACAUAUUCAGAAACAGUUAGAAAAAUACCAUCAAAUACAAAGUUAUCAGCUGCUAAAAAAAUAUCAACUGAAUGUAUUGAUGAAUCAUAUCAAUCAAUGAGUUCAUUUACUUCAUUGGAUGAUAGUAAAAUUGUUAAAAUAAAUGAAUCAUCAACACCAAAAAUAAUCAAUGAUAAAGCAUGUAAAGUUAAAAAAAAUAAUAAAAAUUAUCAAAAUUGUGAUAAAGGCUGGUCAGUUUGGUAUACCUCAAAAAAGAAACAAAAUACAUUGACAAUUGAAGGAUUUGUUAUUGAAAAAUUAACAAAUAUACACAAAACUUUAUGGAAAUUGGAUUCAUCAAAAAUAUUUAAAUAUCCAUCAUCAAAUUUAAAAUUAACAAAUGGAUAUUCAAAAGUAACUAUUGAUCAUUAUCGAAAGAUCAUUAAGAAUCCAAUAUUUCUUGAUACAAUUGGAUAUAAAUUAAAAAAUAAUGUCUAUAGAAAAAUGGAGCAUGUUAUUAAGGAUUUUAGAAAAGUUGUUAAUAAUUCAAAAAUUUAUUACAAGAACAACAAAGAUGUUAUUGAAAAAAUUGAAUCAAUGUCUAGAAAAUUAGAGGAGUUGAUAAAUCAACAUUUUUCUGAUACAAAUCGUGUUAGUAAUAAUAACGAAGAGAUUAAUAAAAGUUCAUCGAAACAAUUGACAAAUUGUGUCAAUAAUAAUCCAACAAUUGUUGAUGAAAAGAAAAUACUUACUUCUAAUAAUCGUCCAUCGAAAUCCAUCAAUUGUUCCAAGUCUCAAUUGACAAAUGUAACCUAAAAACAAUUCAAGUUUAAUGUUAAUUUAUUUAUUUUUAGUAAAUUAUUUAAAACCAGAUAACAUUAUUAAUUAUAUUCGAUAAAAAAAAAGAGUAAAAAU